AUGUUGGUGGACUUCAAAAACAAUGGACCCAAAAGGAGAGCUGUUACAGGCGGUGCUGCCUUUUACUCUUAUUUGUCAGAUAGUGAGAGUAAUCCAAAUCGUCUCCAAAUAAUCAUAUUUGACCACGUGAUUACAAACGUCGGUGGAAACUACAAUCAUCACAUGGGGUUCUUCUAUAGUCCAAUGGAUGGAGUGUACACAUUUUCGUGGACUUUAUAUUGCUCUUCUAGUGGAUAUAUUUAUUCUGAAAUUGUUGUUAAUUCUGAUGCCGUUGGAGCCAUGCUUUGUAAUGGCGAGGGAGCAAGCAGUAUCAGACACUCCACGGGUGUCGUUGUUGUGCAGGUCAAUCAAGGGGAUGCUGUCUACAUCCGAACACAUCCUAGUGCCAACCUUAUCGGACGUAUUCAUAGUUAUUCUGCCUAUCGAUCUUCAUUUAGCGGAUGGAAUCUUUUUUAA